AUGGCCGAAUGCCCGAUCGCCCAGAUCAACGAAGACGAUGAAGACACCCAAGAUCGUGGUACUAUAGAACUACAGGGCAACCUGAACAAAUGGACUAACUUUUUGCACGGCUGGCAACAGCGAUAUUUCGUUUUGAAAAACGGUACUUUGUUAUAUUUCAAGUCUCAAUCGGAAACAGAAUGCGGAUGCCGGGGUGCUAUAAGCCUAUUGAAAGCUACUGUAAAAGUAUGAAAGUGUUUCUAAAUUAUUUCUAUUACCUUUCUAUUGAAUAUUUUAAAUAGUUUUGAUCAGAGAUUUAAUAUUUGUGUGUAGGUACAUGAAGUAGAUGAUUGUCGUUUUGAUGUGUCACUAAAUGACUGUGCUUGGUACCUCAGAGCUGACUCGUCGACUACAAAAAACCAUUGGAUUGAUGUUAUUGAUUCAUUCAAGGCCGAAUCUGGAUACGGCAGCGAAAACAAUUUGAAGCGCAAUGGCAGUUCGCUUUCCAUAUUAUCCAGUAACAUGUCAUCAAUGUCACCAGUGUUCAAAAAAAAUAAAGGCUUACAGGACAAACUCAAUGAACUUGUAGCUUUUAGGGGGAUUUUAAUCAACCAGAUUGAUCGACUUCAAAUGUAUUUUGAUACAUGUUUAGCUGAAUUUGCUUCUUCAAACGGUAAAUUUUAUAUUUUUUAAUAUUACACUAUAAACAUGGCUGAGAUUUUUAUUUAUACUUUCACUGUCAAUUGAUACAUUUUUUUUUAUGUUUAUGGUAAAUUUGUUUCUUGAAAAUUUCAAUUAACACAUUGACGGACUUACUGCUAUAGUUGUAGUAUGUAAAAUGUAUUACUUGAAUACUGCUGAAGCAGUAAUCUAUUCAAUGGUAUCAAAUCAUAAUCUAAUCACUACCACAUUAUGGCAGUCCACUCUGACAAUUUACAUAGAUUUUGGGUAUAGCACUACUAAUAUAAUAGUAAAAGUUUUAUUACACGUGUUUGUCAAUGUGUUAAAUGAGCUAUAUUUGAUUUUACAUAUUCUAUUGUAGUAAUUACAUAGUUUUUACACAAUUCACAAUAAUUCUGUUUUUUCUCACAUAUUCUGAUUAUUUUGACAAUUUGGACUAAUUUACUAUUAUAUGUUUUUUAUUAUUUUUUGAUAAAACUUUAUUAACUAGAAUAUCAUAUAUGUUAUUUAUGUAUUAAUAUUUGAAAAGUUAAUAUAUGACGAACUGUAGUGCAUGCUUUAUGGUUUAGUGAUUAUUUAGUGUGUGUGUUGUAUAGAACAGUAUAAUGUGUACAUCUAUAAUAAUUGCUCUAAUCAUACCGAAAAUGCGAUCAUCUAAAACUGGAAAAGAUACAAAAUAUGUUUCUGAAUUUGCAAAUGAACAUUUAAAAAAUGACAACCAAAUUUUAUGUUGUUCUGUGAGAACAAAGAUUUUAAGUAACACAACUCUUACAAUUUAAUAAACACAAAAACAAAGAUAGAAAGUAGAAAUUCUGGUCCAAUACAAAUGCAAGUUAUUAAAAAUAUUCACCAGGGUCUUUCUACUGGUGAAGCUUUGUUGAAUGUCGAAUAUUAUCCAACAGCACCAUUUGAAAUUGUAUGAUUAUUUAAUAGAUAUAAAUCAGAUUUAAGGGCAAAUCUACAUUCAUUUAUGUUUGAAAAUUACUAAAAGUACAUUGUUAUCAAUAGGUAUAUUGAUUUAUUUUUAUUUAACAAUUGCAAUUGAAUCAGUUUGUUUAAAUCAAUCAAUUAUUCAUCUAUUCUAUUAAUUUCUGCCAAUUUUUUAUAAGAAUAUAUUUUUUAAUUAACAUAAGAAAUUUAAGAUAUAAUUCACGUUAGUUUAUUGCUUACAAAUUUUGAUUUUUUAGUACAUAUUCCAGUCGUAUAAAUAUAUAUUUUUAUAAUAUAAACACAAAUCCGAGCUCUACAUCACUAAUAGUGUUCAAAACUAUUAAAAACAAUCACUUGAACAUGCCUAGCUACUAACAAAAAAUUUAAAAAACAAACAUACUAUCAUCAUGUGGAGCUCAUAAUUGUAUUUGUAAUGUUAGUAAGUUAUUGGAUAUAAAAUAAUUCAGUUUAUAUACUGAAAGCAAUGAUAAUUUAUUGCAAUCUGUAUUGCAAUUAAACAAUUUUCAAUGAAGUUCAGUUAAUUGGUAAGAUAAGAUAUUUUUUCCAUGGUACUCAAGGUAACCCAGAAAUAAAAAAAUAAAACUGUUGUGUCAUCAUUUGUGUUAAUUUUUUAAUAAAUUAUUGAGAAUCUUAAAACAUUAUUUAAAUAAAUUAACACUUAAAGAAAAAUCCUCAUUUUUUUUUAUAAAAUAUAAUGUAAACAAUUUAGAACAUGUUAACAUUUCUAUCUAAUCAAGAAAAUGUUUUCUGUGAAAUCUACAUCUUAUUAAAACUAAUAACUUCUUCCCUAUACUCAGAAUUUAAAAAUGAUCAAAAAAAAAAAAUGUUUAAUUUUGUUAAUUUUUCAAGUACUUUGAAUGCCGGAUUUAAUAAUAAAAGUGAGUAUGAUAUAGGUAGGUAAUGAAUGAAAGCUAAACUAUAGUUCUAAUCAAUUCUGAUAUACAUGUUUGUUUUAAUUUGAUUUAUAUGAAUCAAUGGAAGAGUAGUUUAUAACCAAUUAAAAAAAAAUUGUGUAAAUUCAGAUAAACCAUAAAAUAUUAUUUAAUUUACUAUUUCAAGACAAUCUAACAAUGGACUUUGAAAUAAUUAAAUUAUUAUUCGUUAAUAAUAUUUUAGGAUGUAUUAUAAAAUAUGUAGUACAAUUUAAAACAAUGAUUUUUAAAAAAUUAUUUAUUUAUUCGUUAAUGGCAAGUAUUUAACUUUAUUAUUUAACUUUUUGGUUUUAAGUAAAUUAUACUUACUCUGUAAAAAAAGUUUUUAAAUGUUUGAUUUUUGUAUUAAAUAUUAAAUGGUAUUCAAUGGAUAAAUUAAUAGUUUUUAUUGAAUAAUAAUACAUAAAGUUAACAUUUAAAUUUGUGAUAUUUUAGUUUAAACACCGUACCGAGCUCAGUAGUAUUCAAUAGUGUUCAUUACAUAAUUAUUUACAAACGAACAUGCAGUGAAGUAUGUAAAUAUGCCUUAUUUAUACACUUGUAUAUAAAGUCUUAUUUAUUUGUUUAUGACAUAAAUUUAUAUAAAUAUAACCAACUGUAUUGGUGUCAAAAUAUAAUGUCCCAAACCUAUUUUUUUGCGUUUUAUUGUAAGCAUGUAUAAGGAUUGAUUUAUAAAAUAAAAAUAUUUGUAAAUUCUUUAAUAAUUUUAAUUUGAUGACACAUUUAAAUUUUACCAGAUAAGACAUAUGUUUUAUAAUUAUUCACACUGAUAUCAUUUAAUAGCUAAUACUAUAUACUGCUGGGUAUUUAAUGAGUCAUAAUCAAUUUAUUAAAUGUAUGCAUGUUUCAAUCAUUUUUUUUUUCUUUUUGCUUGAAAUCAAAAUUGUCUCACACUUACUAGUUAGUAAUUAAUCUGAAAUACGUAUUUUAAUUAAAAAAGAAUGAAUUUAAAUUAAGAAAUGUGUACACUUUGUUCAGAUUUAAUUUAUUUUAAAAUGAUUCAUAAUUUCUUUGAUUGACAUUGUUUAGAUUGAUUUAAAAAUUAAUUAUGUAUUAAUAUAUAAUAGUAAGAGUAUAUGUUUAAUCAUAGUUUUUGUAACAGUUCUAGCAAUAAUUAUUUCACAGUCUAGUACUUUAUAUAGUGAGUAUCCUACAAAUAAUCGUUUGCAAAAGAAAAAAAAAAAAAAUUGUUUGCCCCUUAUUUGGUUGAAACAUAUAUAUUAUAUUUAUAUUUUCUCACACAGUUAUUAAAACCAGUAAUUUUUUAAUUCUAUUUGUCUAGUUUAUUCCUGUAUAUUAUAGUUUAUAUAAAAUUCAGUGAAAUUCGCACAAUGUGAACCAUUAAUCAUUUAACUAAUAUUACAUCCACAAACGUUCUCGUGGUUAUGCUAUUUUUAAAUAUAUCAUCAAUGUUCUGUGUAUGAACAGCAUUAAUAAAAUAAAUAAUGUUUUAUGCCAUUUAAAAUUAAUUGCCUUUUGCUUAAAAUUGUAUGUGCCCAGUUUUAAGGAACUAAUAGUUGGGUGUAUUUAUUAUUAUAUUUACAAUAUAUAUGUAUAUUACUUAAUCAUACUUGUAAUUUCUUGGAGUAAUUUUCAAUUUAAAAAAAAGUAGCUAAAAGAAUCUUUUAGUGGCAAUAUUUUAAAAGUAUUAAAUAAUUAUAAUUUUAAAUUUUUACUAAAGAAAAACAGCUUCUAGAAUUUAAUUAAAAUAAAUUAUAGAACAUAAACACGGGCCAACCUAAUAACUAACUUUGAAAUAAUUUAUCUUAUCAUUUUCAAUUUUAUAAUUUAAAUUUAUUGUAGGCACGUUUUACGAAUAAUGAAUAUUAUGGAAUGCCAUUUUUAUAAACUAUUUACAACUGUUUUGUGUUGUAGUUGUAACAUGUGUUAGAUUUAGUACAUAUUCAAUUUUAUUUAUUGAAUUUGAAACGUAUACGAUCAUUAUUGCUGAAUAGUUUGGUAUUAUAUAUAUUGUUUAUUUAUGUAUUUAAACUAAUAUGAACCAAGUAUUAACACAAUAUUAUUUAAGUACGUACAAUUUUUUUUAAAUUUCUAUUAAUCUGGCACUGAAUUUUUCUAGGAGGUUUAACAAAAAACGAAUCAUAUCAAAAAUAUACGUGUGAAGCUUUAGAUUUCAAAGGUGAAGCAGUUGCAUUUAAAGCAACGUCAUCUGGAAUUUUAGAAAUCUUAAAACAUUGUAUUGAAGUAUGUAAUUAAUUAAAAAACAAAAAAAAUGUUUUAGUAAGAUUUUUUUAUUAGCUUUUAUGUUUAUAGGUUAUGAAUCAAAGAGAGGCAGCGUGGGAAUCAGUGUUGGAAAAAGAAAUAAACAACCGAAAAGAUUUAGAAGAAGUAGUGAGAACACUAUCACUAGUCGAUGGGCUUACUGAUCAGGAGAGAGCCCAAGUACUCGCUGGAGCUGAUUUAACUGUAUGUAUACAUUGUGUACACAUUUUUAUGGUUUCUAAUUAAUAAUUAAUAUUAAUAGUAAUUUUUUAUCAAUAAAAUUGUAGAAUUUAUUGUGCCUAAUGAGAAUUUAUGAUUUUAAAUUUGGGGAUUAAAUAAUUACUCUCCGCGCUACUUAAGUCCAGUAGAACACAAAACUUCCGGUAUAUAAAUAUAGAUUUACAUUAUAAUUCUCUAUAAAAAAUAAACCUGAUUCAUGUGGGAAAAAAUAUAAUAUAAUAUUUAAUAUUAUGUUAAUAGUGAACUUGACUAGUUAAUGAGGUCAUAUUUACUGAACUGUUCGUAGUCCGAAUAUUAUUGCAUUAUCAAUUUGUGAUAAAGCUACUUAAUAGUAUUGAGAUAAGCGCUUUUGAAUUAUUCCUACUUCUCAAUUAUAUGCAUUUACUGUUUAUUAGUUAUUACUGUUAAUUCGUACCUAUCAUUAACAUUAGAGGUUUUAGACUAAAUUCAAUCUUAUAUUUGUUGUUAAGUUUCUAGUUUUGAGUCGAGUUUAAAAUGAAUAGUAUUUCUAAAAAGGUAAUACUUGGAAUGUGCAAUUUAAUAAUACAUUUUAGAAAUAAAUAAAAUAAAAAGUUAAAUAUUUAAAUGUUGUUUUCAAUUAGAUAUUUUCAAAUAGUUUUAAUUUUGAACUUAAUAAUAAUAAAUUUAUUAAUUGACACGUAUUUUUGUUAAAUUUAUAAAAAAAUGACGAGCAUAUCUGGUUAUUUAAUACAUUGUUCACAAUAUAACAUUUAAUUUAUUUUAUUUUGUCAUUAUUAUAUACACAGUAUUUAUUAUAGAUCCUUUAGUAUUAAAUACGCAGGUACAAGUCUAAUAAUUAUUAAUGGUACAAUUAACUUAUAAAUAAAUACAUUUUUUUAAAUUUUUUGUAAGUAUUGUAUUUCGUUUUUUACUAUACAUUUUGAAUCUUUAUAUUAUAAUUUCAUAUUGUGUAUGCAAAUUUGGAUUAUGAAUCAAUAAAAAUAAAACAACAAAAAGAAUGUUAAAAUCUGUUUAAUGGUUUUUGUAAACUAAAUAAUAAAUGUGAUUCAACAAAAUAAUAAAAUGUCAUACAUUUUAAUCUCCUUAAUUAUGAAGUACAAAAUAAACAAGUUAAUAAUUAAAUUUUUUUUUUUUUUUAAUAAAUUUGUUUAUAAUAUAACCUGAAGUAAGUAGGAAUUCCAAAAAGGUAAAAAAAAAACAUAUUAUUUACUUAUUUAAUAAAACAAACCUUUCAAAGUAUUCAAUUCGUUUGUUCUAGUUUUGAAAUUUAUAUUUAAAUUGAUCAAUUUCGAAAUCGUUUAUAAUAAAAAAAACUUUUUUUAAUCCAAUUAACUAAAUGUUAUACCUGCACAAUAUUUGUGGUUUUAUAGAAAAUUUAAUUAAAAUGUCUAUUGGUAAUUAAAUUUUUAAUUAGUUAAUUAAAAAGGUCAAAAAUGGUAUGAUAUGAUAUAUUCUAUUGUAUUAUAUUAUUUUAUAUAUUGUAAACACAUUAUAAUUAUUUUAUAAUAUUUCUCAGUAAAUUAUAUCUAAUUGUUAGUAUUAUUUCAUCAGUUCAUUAAAGUAAAUUUGAUAUUUGUAUGUUUUCAUUAAUAAUGAUAAUUUUUUUCUUAAUCAUCAUUAAUUUUAAAAUAAUGUAGGCUAUGGUACUUAUUUAUAUAUAUUUUAUCGCUAUAGAUAAUGCUUAAUAAUUUAUUAUUAUUUUCUGUUGUACUUAUUUACAAGAUUUAAAUUUUAUUUUUGUUACUUACUCAUUGUGCUGUAGAAGGUUAAAGGUGUACUUUCUGUAUUCGUGUUCAAUCAUAAAUUAAAUCUUAUUAUUCUACUGCAUUAAAAUUUUAUUUUUUUAUUUGAAAUGUAUAAAUUUAUUUAUUUUUGUUUUACUUUAUAUAUUUUUUCUUUUACACUAAAGGAACAUUCCACUUUAGCUGAAGAUGAGUUCUACGACGCCGUUGAAUCUUCAAAUGAUACUGCUGCCGAUGAUGCUAAACAAAGAAAAGAUCAGUUACUCCAGUCUGCUAAAAAUAAUGCUCAAACUUCUCAGACCAAUUGGGGCGAAUUGAUAAGAGCUGCUGCCACAAAUGCUUCUUUAAAACAUCCAUAUUGGCCAGAUGUAAUAUAUUUUAUUUGUUAUAUUUUAAAUGAUACAAUUAAUCAUUAAAUAAUGCAUUUGAGUAAAUAUUUAAUUUAGUAUUAAUUAUUUUUUUUAAGAUUGAGCGUGUGGUGGCUGAACAAAUCCGAUCAGCUCGUAUGGGUCUUGGAAAAGGAGCUUGGCAGUUAUUUGUCGAGGAUGGUGAAAUGAAGAUGUAUCGAAGAGAAGUCGAAGAAGAUGGAUUAGUUGUUGAUCCUUUGAAAGCAACACAUCAAGUUAAAGGAAUCACUGGUCGAGAAUUGUGCCAUUACUUUUUUUAUCCCGAAUACAGAUAUGAUUGGGAAGGUAAAACAUGUUCAUAUUAUUAUAAAUUGAACAAUUCUUAAUCAAUUUGUGUUUACAAUAUUUUACCAUAACUUAGGUACAUUAGAAACAAUGAAUGUAGUUGAUAAAAUAGCUGAAGACACGAUUGUAUUUCAUCAGAUUCAUAAACGCAUUUGGCCUACAGCGCAGCGUGAUGCUACAUUUUGGUCUCAUCUUACACAUGUUCCCGAUGAAGAAAAUAAGACUGAUGACAGUCCACAUAUAUGGGCAACUAUUAAUAAUUCAGUUGAUUUACCAUCAUAUCCAGUAUGUUAUUAAAUUAUUACAAUAAUUCUGUAUUUAUAAUUUGUCAGUGCAAUUUUUUUGUUUUAUCAACUCAUUAAAAUUAAUAUAACUGUUGUACAUUUAUAUUGUUGUAACUAUAAUGUGAUGAGAGCUUGAAUUAAUUAAUUUGUAUUUCUAACAUUUAGAGUCAUUAUAAUGUUAUUGUAUCAAUUUCAUCAUGUCAGCAAAUACAAUUUUUUUUUUUUUUUUUUUAAAAAUAGAAAUUUGACUUGAAUUCUAUUAUAAUAACUAGUUAAUUAUGAACAUUAUAUUAACUGUCUGUCUGACUGUCUUAUUCAUUUUUAGCCUAAUGUGGGUAAACAUAUUCGCAUCUAUCUAACUAUAAUUCUCAUGGGUCAAACAGUUAUAUCUCCUGCAGCCAAAGGCCGUGAAUUAAAACGAGAUGACAUCACCUGUAAAAUUACCUAUUGCGCUGUUGGUAAGAUUAUCUUUUUAUACUUGUUUCGACAUUUUAUUGUGUAUAUAAUUUAAAAAAUAUAAUAUUUAUUUAAAAUUUAGUAUAAUUAAAUUUAAUAAUAAUUUUAAUGUGUGUAAUUUCUGUUCAUUUACAGUAAAUCCAGGCGGUUGGGCACCAUCUUCUGUCCUCAGAGCUGUAUACAAACGAGAGUAUCCCAAAUUCUUAAAGCGAUUCACUGCUUAUGUAUUAGAGAAAACGAAAAACUUACCAAUAAAACUUUAA